AACAACAUUAGCCGGGCAUACAUGCCGAGUUAAUUUUUGCUGCCGCGAUUGUGAAUCUACCAAGCAAAAGCUACUUGUUUCGUACUGUAAAAACAUGGCACUUUUCACACGCUACGUUGCGAGCCUGCCAACGUGGGGUAGGUCGGUGCAAGUUGUUGGAUACAGAUUACAGUCUUCGCAUUUGCAGGAGAAACGGUCCGUAGAACAGGAUGAAGAGUUUCGGGUAUUAAACUUGAAGCAAAACAAAAAUCAGCGUGUUGCUCGCCGAAAGGCUCCCCGCCCGGAAGUGCCUCCUCCAAGAUCUCAGCAGAUGGCAACAGAUCAGGACUGGGGUGCCGUAUGGCCGGGCCCACGAUCAUUCAACCCGUCCGCGGUUCCGCUACCAAUCCGGCAGGGUUACGUUACGAAACGCAACCAAAUGUCGCCGGGAAAGUUCGCGAACGCGGAACUGAUGAAGAUACCGAACUUCCUGCACCUGACACCGCCCGUCAUUAAACGGCAGUGCGAGGCACUGAAACAGUUCUGCACACCGUGGCCGAAAGGACUGGAAACGGAGGAGAAAAUGAGCUCCCAUUUUCCACUGACCGUCAUCACGUCGGACUACUGUCACGCUCUGCCUACGAUAAGGAAUCCACUGUCACGCAUCGUAACCGUGCAGCUGGGACUCUCGGCGCUGCAGAUGGAUCGGCACGCGAAGGAUAAGUUCCUGCGACUGGUCGGUGAGCGGUAUGAUCCGGAGACGGAUAUCCUUACGAUCGUCACCGAUCGGUGCCCCUUGAAGCGGCAAAAUUACGAUUACGCGAUCUAUCUGCUGACAGCGCUGUAUCACGAAUCGAACACGGUCGAGCCGUGGGAGGAGAGCAAAAGUGAAGCCGACAUGGAAUAUUAUGAUUUUGACCGGAAUUGCAGCAAAAGAAAUGCGGAAGCUACCCUGAACUGGGGUCGGAAGGAGGGUGAUGAGGGAUGGGUGCCGGUGCCCACCGAAUAUGCCAAUUCCGUGACGCGAUUAUUCAAUGAUGGCGAAAACGAGUAUAAUUUGGCCAAGUACAAGGAACAAUCGUUGGCAUUACUCGGGUUAAGCGCUUCACAGUAAAGAGGAAGUGUAUGCUUGUGUAGUUUAGUAUGAAACGUGUAAUAAAUAUGUGUCAUCAAAGUGCUUUGAC